AUAUUACCGAAUCUCACCGGAAAGAGUCGAAGUCAGACGAGUGAUCCCCUUACCGCGAUUAUCAGUUACCCCUCGUACAAAGGGUCCGUCCAUAGAUGUCUAUGGUCCGAGCGGCUACGCUCUACGACGAGAAUUGUAUCAGCCGGCCAGAAUCUCGUUAAGCGAAGAAGUGAAGCGGUGUGACUAGCGGUGUGACUAGCGGCGUGACUGAGUAGGAAGAAGAAAAUAGAUUUCCCAGAUUAUGGAAAAAACCAACGGAAUUUAUAAACUUAUAGAGUUUAUAGCCAAAGAUAAAUGCAAAGGUCGAAGUGUAGAUGUUGUACCAUGUGAAUGGAUUGUUUACGAUAAUGCAACUGGAAACUUGAAAACAGUGUUCAUGCCACCACCAUAUGUAGAUGAAACAGUAGAAUUAUUACAUUCUCUCGUAAAAAGUAGGGCAGAACCACCAAAAUUGUGGCCAUCCUAUGAUAUAAAUAUAGUCGGUGAUGCCAAAACUUAUGAAUUAGCUGUGGAUAAAUUUAAAAAACUCGAGGACAAGGAGUAUGCAUAUUCCACAGAGAGUGAUCACGGUAAAACUCGAUCGCGUUCUGACAAAAAACAAUAAACUUAAAGCGAUUAAGACUGACCACAAUUUGGAAAAAACACUAUUGAAGGUACCACCUUUGUAUAGCGACAACGACACAUUAAGCGAGUCCAGCAAUGAGAGCGAACGUAAGUAGAUAUUUCAAUUUAUUUAUUAAUUACUAGCUAUCCAUACAAUGAGUAAGUGUCAACUUGAUGUAUUUCAGAAAUUUUUAAUGUUUACACAAAAUCAUUUACAAUGUAAGAAAAAUACAAGAAAAUGUAGAAAACUUUGUAGUUGCUGUAUGAUGAGAAAUAGGAUGCUUAGUUUAUUUCUUAACUUGUGCUAUUACAUACAUAUUGUAAUUGUUGUGCCCCGAUUGCCGAAAGAGGUAACGAGGGCAC